GGGACAGUCGUCUCGUUAGUAACUUUGUGGGCUGCGGCUGCCGGCUGCUGUGUUUAUAAAUAAACCUAAUUUUUUUUUAGUUAAUCUGAAUCUUUAGUUACGGUUAUUUUACUCUGAAUGAAUAUUUUAAAAAAGGAAAACUUUAAAAUAACGCAAAGUUUUUUUAACUGGCAAUUAUUAAGUGGACGUCAAAUUUUAGAUAAUGUAAUGUCAUUUUGAUGAUUGAUCAUUUAGAUUCGUUUUAGUGGAAAUUGUGAAAGAAAUGUGUAAAUUGUAAAUUAUCGCUUUUUAUUCAAAGAUUAUUCGAUAUAAAUAAAAUUGAGUUUCUAAAACACAAACAAUGGAGGACGAUAUUAACAAACCAUAUAAAAUUUGUGACGUGAAUCGUGAAAAGAAGAAAGGAAUCGUUGCGACGUCUUUAGAGGAUUUAAUAGCAAAAGUGCCGGAUAAAUUAGGAUUACCAGCUGAACAUCUUACAGUUGUACUCGAGUGUGACGGCACCGAAGUCGACGAUGAAGAAUACUUCUCGACAUUAGAACCAGAUACGUCGUUAAUGAUUUUACACGGGAGCGAAAAAUGGGCGCCGAAUAUGCCGAAGUGCCAAGUAUCAUUGGAUCAAACUGAUGAUGUGGCGUUGGGGGACAAAGGCCAGGUCGCAAACUUGGUGGGCCGUUUGCAACACAACCUCUGUCACAUUUCUUUGCUCGGAGGACAGGAUCUUGAACUUCUCUCAGACAUGGAUCCAGACAGCCUGGCUGAUAUUGUGACCGACAGGGAUAACAGGAUAAUCUUAGAACACAUAAAGGAGGCAUCUGGAAGAAUAUUACUAGAGAAGCGUCAAGCUCAAGAUGCCAUGGAACUAUUGAAGUUAUAUCAUCAGAGUGUUGCUAAUGGCACUGAAGAUGUUUCUCCUCCUAACCAGGAAAGAGUGUAGAACAGAAGAUCUAUAAUAUCCUACUUAACCCUCAAUAAUUUAUUUUUAGAGAUGGUUACACUCAAAAGUUUACAAAAAUUUAAUUUAGACAUAAAAACUGAAUUCACACUAUGCUAUGCCAGAAACUAUUCAGCCCUAAUUAUCAUUUAUGCCAUUCAGCUGAUAGAUUUCUGAAAAGCUACAUCAAUCAUUGUAACAAUCACAAUUGUCUUAAUUGGCUGAAUUUUUGCUGUAAAAAUGUAAAUUAGUUAAUAGCUACAGAAAGUUGGAGGCGAAUGCGAUUGUCACACUGUAGCUGUCAUUUUACUGUAAUCGAGCUCCAGAGCAGGGCCACAGAUUUUUAGUAUAGCUUUAUAUGAAUUAAUUCAUGCUAUACCAGGCUGGGUGAAGCAUGUGUUAAUUCACACAACACACAGCAUGGUGGGAGCAAGGUGUAGAGUAAAUCUAGCUUAAAAGUCAUUUGGAUAAACUUUAACUUGAAUAUACUCUCAAAUUAAGUUUUAAGUGUAAGAAAGAGUAAAUUUAGCAUUCAUAGAAAUACAAUAUUAAUACACCAAUUGAAUGAGGCCUUUUUUAAGGAAAUACUGGAUUUGUAUAACCAUUAUUUGAUUGCCAAUACUUAAUACAUUUUUGAAUUGAUAUAAUGUGCUUAUUCAAAUAGUUUAAAAAUAAAUUGAAAAAUAUAAUUGUCAUCCUAUAUCGAUAUUAUCAUAUUUGGCUAGGUAUUUUAUAGUAUCCAUUUUCAAUAUAUUAUAAUAUAGGUCUAAUUUAUGCAAAGAUAUGUUAAAAGUAGAAUUAAAUUAUUAUAAGGAUCUAAUCUUAUGAAUAUGAGCUAAAGUUAAAAUGAUCAUAAAGAAGAAAUUCUAAAACAAUAAUAUUAUGAUACUUAUAGGGUUAUCAUCACAGCACAAUUUUCAUCAAGAUCAGUGGCAAAGACUGCACAGUGCAUGAGGCAUAUUUUUGUUAUUUGUAAAAUAUGUUAAUUAAUAUGUAUUUUAAAAUUAAAUUCUUUGUCUUAACAAUAUUGCAAUUGCAAUAUCUAAUGUCACUUUGAUAUUUUACUGAGACCUAGGUAUAUUUCUAAUAGUUUUGAAAUCCUUAGCCUGCACUAUUACAUUCAACUUACUGUUUCUUUUAAAUUAAUGGAAAUAUAAUACAACUCAUAAGUUUUAUAUAAUCACUUCAUGUUAGAAUGAAAAUAUAAUUAGUGAAAAUAAUAUAUCAGACAAUAGGUAUGCUAGAACAUAAGCUUGCUACUUGUAGUUUUUAGUUUAUUUUACUGUUUGUAAACUUUUGAGAGUCUAAUGGCUACAAGGUUGAUAAUCAACAUCAAUUUAAAAGACUGAUAGUUGGUAAUUUUUUUUUAUAUAGUUUUACCCCUAGAAUAAGAUUAAUUCAUUUAAUUCCAAAUUUGCUCAACACUUUACAAGUAUUAAAUAAGUUUACCUAAGUUUAACACCACUGCCGUAAAAUUGUAACAUAAAAUUAUGUUCAACAAUUUCAUGUUGCUCAAUGUAGUUUAGCAACAGAUAGGAAUUGCAAUAGGUAUCUAAAGGAGUAAUAAAAUAUAAUAUAAUAAUGUAUUAUUUUGCUUAUUUAUAUUUUAAACAACAAGAAUACCAUCAAAGAAUUGAUUUCAAAUUAAUCAUAAAGUAUUACUUACUUAUACUUACUUCGAUUAAUUAUGAAUAAAAAUAUUGCACUCCAUUAAUAGAUACUGCACCCGAAAAACAAUACAAAAGUUGAUAUAAGUACAACUUUAUUGCAUCUGUAAAGAUAUUUCUAAGUCCAUUUUAAAGCACUUACAUUAGUCAUUAAGUAAAAUAAGUUAAUAUUAUAGUGUUUCUGUAAGAAUGCUUAGUUGAAUAUGUUUCUUUAUAAAUAUACUAGCAAAUACUCAUAGCCAUAUACCUUGAUAUGUGCAAAAUUCACCUUCGUUCUUCAUUUAACUUUCAACUCUAAACAGAUCUCAACAAAAUCUAAACUUAUGUUUCCAUGUAUUUUUAAACAAAUUAGAAAACGGUAACAAAAAACUGCUGAUGAGAACAUCCAUGAUAUAAAAAUACUCUCAUCACUAAUGUGAAUUAGCACAAAUCAGGGUCUAUUUUAUCAGUACCUACCCAAGUUAGGCAAUAACAUCGGAGUAAAAUUCCAUUUACUGUUAUAUUAUGAUAAUUAUGUCAUAUUUAGACAAUGUCCUAUAUUUGUAGUCACUUUUUUACACCCAAAUAUUGAAGUAUGUGUGAAUAGUUGUAGAUAAAAUAAAUGAAGGCUGUAAUGGAAUUAGACGGUUAAAAUAUAGGUACUUAUCCCAGAAUUCUGUAAAAACAAUUCCAAGCUUAUGCCUAAUGGUGGAAUUGAAUUCAUUGUUUCUCUUGUAUUUGUUGUGCACAAAUAAAGCAUUUAGAUAACUUGUG